AUGGCACACGUAGAAUCUAUCUAUCUAUCUAUCUAUCUAUCUAUCUAUCUAUCUAUCUAUCUAUCUAUCUUUCUCAUGUUGUCUGAUAUCGAGUCCGUGACAUACUAUAAUAAUGUUACGUCUGCCACGAUAUCUCACUGUUAUGACAGCGCCAUUCCGGAUGAUAAACGUCUCGCCUAUGCCAUCUAUCAGUUGACGGUGAUGUUUGUGGCCCCCACAAUCAUAAUGGUCAUUUGCUAUUCGUUCGUCAUCCAUGUUCUGUGGCUCAGCUCCAAACAACUGCGCAGCAUGACAUCACCUAAUGGGAGUUCAAGCCAGACAGUCAGCGAAGAUUCAGACGCCAAAAGGAUCUGCCUCAAUUCGAGUGUAUCAGUUCACUCGGGGGUUAGCCGAUCGUCGCAUCAACGUUCUCGUCAAAGUGUCCUCAAAGGUGCUGCCAAGGCACACAGUACAGAAAUUCUUAAAGCCAGGAGACAGGUUAUGAAAAUGUUGAUAACGAUCGUGGUAGCCUUUCUCAUUUGUUGGGGUCCUCGUUUGAUUUUUCGCGUCAUGCAACGAAAAGGUGACCGUCAUUCUGAACAUGACCAUACAUUAAAGGUCGUGUUUGGUUUGCUACCUUAUAUCCAGUCGUGUCUGAAUCCAAUCAUUUACGGAUUUAUGUCGAAAAACUUCCGUCGGAGCAUGCGCAUGGCGUGUCGUAACCAUAUUUGCCGAACGCGAGAGAAGCAGAUCUGCAUGGGACAUCGCAUCCACUUGUCCGACUAUGAAAUGGAAUCACGAAGCAUCAACGGUACAAUAGCAACUAAAAUGUCCCUUCGGACAAUCGAGAGCGUCUCGUCAGAUGACAACUGA